AACUACUUUAGGUGUGUUUUGAUAUAGGCUAAUAAAGUUUAAAGAUUCUAAAAUGGGUGAACUCUCAAGCCAAGAACCUCUUCUUUUGAAAAAAGAUGAUGAAUUUGAUUAUCUCAAUAAGACGCCACUUUUGGUAUCAUCAACAAAGUUGAUUCUCAAAGUAGUAAUGUGGGUGACUUUUAUUACAUGGGCUGCUUUUAUUUUCUUGUUGCCUACAAAAUUCACUAAUGAACUUUUUGGGACAAUUGUUAGAGCCACCAAAGGAUCUAUUUUUGGGACAGCAGGCAGCACAUCCUUGAUAUUCAGUUUCCCAAUUAUCCUGAUUGCAUUUCUUGCAAUUAUUCGUCUCGUUGUCGUGGGUGAAGAUCAACCUCAAAUCAAGAAGGCUGGAAAAGGUCCAAAUUUUAGAUUAUGGACAUUCCCUGUGCUGGUGGAUGGACCAUUUGGGGUUGUUACAGCUGCGGAAAUGAUUGGCGUUAUAAUCUUCUCAGUGUACAUCGUAUGGGCUGUAGUUAUGUAUAGUAUACAGAAUGUUGACCUCUUAUCUAUGUAUCAUUUACCAGACAUGAAAGAGAGAAGUGGUAAGUUGCUGGAGCUGACAGGUCUCCGUUUUGGAUUCAUUGGAUUAAUCUGCUUAGCGUUUUUGUUUCUGCCUGUUGCACGUGGUUCAGUUCUUCUUCGAGCUAUAGAUAUCCCUUUUGAACAUGCCACUAGAUAUCAUGUUUGGCUGGGACAUCUUACUAUGGCUAUUUUUAGCCUUCAUGGUCUAUUCUAUAUUAUUGGCUGGGCAAUUCAAGGGAGACUUUUGGAAGAACUAGUCGGCUGGAAAAACAUAGGAAUAGCCAAUCUUCCAGGAGUUAUCAGCCUUUUAGCUGGUUUAUUGAUGUGGGUGACUUCACUUCCCGGAGUAAGGAGAAAUAACUUUGAGCUGUUCUUCUAUACACACCAAUUGUAUGUGGUGUUUGUGGUGUUCCUGGCUUUGCAUGUUGGUGAUUUCGUCUUCAUGAUGGCUGGAGCUGGGAUCUUCCUGUUCAUGCUUGAUCGGUUCCUUAGAUUCUUCCAGUCACGAAAGACAGUUGACAUACUUUCAGCCACAUGCUUUCCUUGUGGAACCGUUGAACUCGUUAUUUCAAAACCUGCAAAUUUACAUUACAACGCCCUUGGCUGGAUAUUCUUACAAAUACGCGAGUUGUCCUGGCUGCAGUGGCACCCUUUCAGUGUCUCUUCUAGUCCCCUUGAUGGCAAACAUCAUCUUGCAAUUCUCAUAAAGGUUCUUGGAGAUUGGACUGAAAAACUGAAGGGAAACAUCUUGAAUCUUUCUGUAGAACAAUCUGAGACGGAGCCUCUUUUGCAGCAUAACAGGAAAUUAACAGCUUCUGUUGAAGGUCCUUAUGGACAUGAGUCACCAUACCACUUAACGUAUGAAAAUCUCAUUUUGGUAGCAGGUGGAAUUGGAAUUUCCCCCUUUCUAGCUAUCCUGAGUGAUAUCCUCCACCGUAUCAACGAUAGUUUGCCUUGCCUGCCAAGAAAUAUAUUAAUAGUAUGGGCUAUCAAAAAUUCAGAUGAGCUUCCACUUCUUGAGACAGUUGACAUGGAAGCAAUCUGUCCACUUUUCUCUGAUAAACUGAAUCUUGAGAUUCAAACAUAUGUGACGCGGGAAUCGCAGCCUUCAUUGGAGGAGGGCAAAACACCCAAAGCAAUGCACCACUCCUCAAUCUCCCCUGGCUUCAACGGAUGUCGAAUGUCUGGUUUGGUUGGUACUGGACAUGUCGUAUGGUCUGGAUUAUAUGUCAUAGUAUCAACCAUAGGGUUUGUGAUCACUGUAGCAUUGCUGGACAUUUUCUACAUAAAUCCAUUCAAUAUAACUUACUGGUGGUACAAGGGGCUUUUGUUGAUUGGAUGCAUGACUGCAAGUAUUCUUAUAUUUGGGGGUCUCGUUAUCGCUUUAUGGCAUCUUUGGGAAAGGAAAACCUCAUCAAAGGAGGAACCACAGGACGCCACAAAGAAAGGUGACAUCUUGCAGCAGAAUGAAGCCUCUUUACACAGGAACUUUGGAGAGGCUCGAUAUGUUAAUAAUAUUCGAUAUGGUCAAAGACCGGAUUUCCAAGAGAUAUUUGGAUCACAUGCAAAGAGUUGGGGAAGUGUAGAUAUUGGUGUGAUUGUGUGUGGUCCUCCUACUCUUCAGUCCAGUGUUGCUAAAGAGUGCAGAAGCCAGAACUUGAAGAGAAGAGGUCAUCAGGCUAUUUUCCAUUUCAACAGCCACAGUUUUGACCUCUAGAUGACCCCAGUAAACAUGGGCGGAGCUAGAUAGGGUACAUAAAAAAGGGGUUCAUCUGAACCCCUUUCGUCGAUGUUCUUAUGUUUAUUCCUUCAUAUUCUAGCUCCGUUAAUGCCAGUAAGUAUCCGAUAGCUCAUAUAAGGAGUACUUUUUACUGCUCUAAUGAGAAAAAAAAAAAGGAUCAUAUCAGCUAGUUUAUCUCUGAUCCUUGUAGCAUGUAUCUGGUAUCUGCAGUAAGCAUCUUGUACAUUUUCAAUUGUUGUAAAUGCAGCUUUAAAAAUAUACAUAUAUAACAAUAUCA